GUGUGUGUUUUAACCGUAAAAGAUUUUGGCCUUUCGUCUCCCGUGAAAAGAUGGAAUAUUAAAGAAAAAGGAGAACAGGGAAACGUCGUCCUCGCGUGCCCACACCGAAGCAUUUAAGAGACACGUUUGUCUUUCUUGCGUUCAGAGUGACUUUUUUUUUUCUUAUUACGGACUUCACGGAUCUUGAAACGAGGCUCGCGCGCACGGCACGGUGACGUUAGGGAGGGCGCGUCAGAGAGCGCGCGCGCGGGUCUGUCUGCUGCACGCCUCCGAAGAGGAGGACUGCACUCACGGGUCGCGUGCUGAGCAGGGAGGAGGACGGAAGGAAGGAAGGAUGACGGAAAAUGGCGAGAAGGAGAACGAACCGCAUCAGCGGGACUUGCAGCGCUCACCGGGUUCCGGUACGAUCCGGCCCGAGUCCAAGCUCCAGAGACUGAAGCGCUCACUAUCAUUGAAGUCAAUGAUGAGGAGCAAAAGCGUUGAGAACUUCUUCCAACGAUCAAACAUCGAGACCCCACUCCCAGAGAGUAUCUUCACUACUGAGGCUCCACCCUCCAUCAUUGAGACUCCCUUUUGUGACUGCUCUUUGACCCUCGACAGGUCCCCGUCCAUCAGUCCGAACCUAUCCCUCUCUUCGCGUUCACCUUCGUCAAGUCCAUCGCUGUCAAUUAACUCCAACACUCCUCCCCCUCCUCAGCCUCGCUCACAGAAGACGCACUGUUUCUUGGAAUACAUGUUUCGCCGACCGACUGUCUGCCAGCAGUGCAAGCUAAUGAUAACAGGGAACUCAAAGCAGGGUUUGCGCUGCAAGACGUGUAAAAUAGCAGCCCAUCUGUGGUGCUUAUCUGAACUUUCACAGCAGGUGUGCAAUGGAAAGUCGGGGGCGUUCAAGCGGAACUUCAGCUCUCCGCUGCUCACUAACGAGAUGUUUACCGUCGUUAAGGAAGCCCCGCCCACUCAAGAACAGGGAAAAGGCACAGUGGAUCCAGUGUAUGAAGCCCUGCGCUACGGGACGUCUCUCGCACAACUGAGCCGGUCAACUUUCACCAGCAUCGCUGAGUCGCCAUUUCAACAGACUGAAGAAGAACAGGAGAAGCUGGACAGUGAAUCCGUUGCUGAAGAAGAGUGCACUGCUGAAUCGGAGGUGGUGUCUUUGGCUGAGAGUGAGAAGAGUGAAACAGAGGACAAGCAGAGUUUACAGCCCCCCAGGCGACUUGGGCUUCGCGCCAUUCACACCUAUGUGGUGUUGUACAAGUUCCUGCCUCAGGAGAAAAACGACCUUGAGCUCCAGCCGGGCGAUCGGGUUCAAGUAAUCGAUGACUCGAACGAGGACUGGUGGAAGGGGAAGAGUCGAGACAAAGUCGGAUUUUUCCCCGCUAACUUUGUGCAGCGGGUGCGUCCUGGAGAACGAGUAUGGAAGGUCAUGGAGGGUUUCCAUGGCGACCGCGAAAAAGGUCAGAUGACCGUCAAAGAGUUACAGAUCUGCGUGGGGAAAGCAGAGGAAACAGACGGCUUUUUCAAACUGACCAGCGGGAAGAAGAGAGGACUCGUAUCUUCGAAGUGUGUAGUGGAGAUAUGAACAACACACACACAAAUACAACGACGGCAGGGACACACUCUCACACACCAGCAAGCAUCUCGAAAUGGGAAGGGAAUCUGCUUCUAUCACUUCUUUUCACACACCUUUGAGAACGAGACUUAAUGGAAACCACGUCUGACCUCUGAUCUCAGACACACCGGUGGACCAGUGGAACUGUUUCGGUUUGGAUGAUGUUGUACAUGUCUGCUGUGUGUGUGUGUGUGUGUGUGUGUGUGUGUGUGUGUGUGUGUGUGUGUGUGUGUGUUCCUUUAAACAUUAUAGUAGCAAACAGGAUCCGUGGAGGUUGGAGAAGCUUGUUUUUUACUAUUCUAAAGUUAAUUGGAGGAAAAAAAUGGAAAGAAAUGGAUUAGUUUUAAGCCACGCCCACUUGGAUUAGAACCGUUUCGCGUGCCGUGCCGUGUGUUACUUCACGAGGUACUAAUACGAAACACGCGAGGCAUAAAUCCUGAGAAGUGACGUAUUUCCAUGUGUAGUUUAUUAGAGACAGUAUAAGUGCUAUCACUCUGAGACACACCAUCGAUGCGCCUGCUGCUAACGUUUUAACGCCAUGCCUGCUUAACUUUUGUGUUUGCAUUUUUCUACAUGGUGAACACUUUCUCAUAUUGGAUCACAGUGUGAUUUGAGACACGGUGUGAUAUUGAACUAAAAACGGGAGAAUAAACUUUGCACGAACGUUGAAAUAUGGCAGCAUGAGCUUAAUUUCCAUAUAAACACAUUUGGAGGAUUGUUGGAUUCAAAUUUAAUGCUAGUAGCUUGAGUUCAGUUAUUAGCAGUAAGGCAGUAAGUGGUCAAAAUAAUCUAGUUUUCUAAGUGAAAAUGGCUCCUUUUCCAUUCAGAAAAUCGAUUUUAUAGCCCAUUUAACAGAGCAUGACAGCUGGCCUCAGGUAGAUUUUUCUAGAAUUGAAGUCAUUUACAAGUUGUAGAGUAUGUUAGGGUUAUUUGUUGUUAGUUUUUGAGGUUCUUAUUUUAUAGUUCAUUUUGUUUGCUAACUGCAAAAUUGCAAAAAGUGGAUUACGAAUAGAAGAGCAAAAUCUCGGUUUGGGCAAAACUCCCAUACAAAGCAUGUAACUAGGUUCAAUGAAACAACAAUGUAGUAGAGCUAGCUAGUUUUGCACGCUAGCUGCAUAGUUCGUAGCUUCGCAAAAUACAUUCGCAAUACCGUCUUCCUGAAUACUAUAACGGCAUGGCAUGAAAUGUUUUCUUGCUGUCGCUGCGAAUUUUUUGAGUUCGAACACAUCAGUCCCUCCACCCAUUUCACAUAGCUAUUACCCAGCUCCACCCACUUCAGGCUGCUAAAAGCUACUCUAUUCACUUUUGGCUGCCACAAACUGCUCCACCCACUUUUGGCUGCCACAAACUGCUCCACCCACUUCAGGCUGCCACCAACUGCUCCACCCACUUUUGGCUGCCACAAACUGCUCCACCCACUUCAGGCUGCCACCAACUGCUCCACCCACUUUAGGCUGCCAAAAACUGCUAUAUUCACUUUUGGCUGCCACAAACUGCUCUACCCACUUCAGGCUGCCACAAUGUGCUCCACCCACUUUAGGCUGCCACCAAAUGUUCCCACAUUACACACCCAUUUCCAAGCUCCGCACAGCCACAUGGGACAUUCGCAAAAUACUUUUGCUCUUUCUAAUAUUUAAGCAGCGAUGCAAUAAACACAUUUUCUCCUUCAAUUUUUCUCUUGAAGGUAACAAUUAUGUUAACUCAUAACUACUCAAAACUACUACUUAGUUAAUCUACCCCAACUUAUGAAAAAGAAAAAAUUCAUAGCUAUUUAACUACUUAAAAACUCAUAGUGACUCACCCCAUUUGAAUUAGAGCUGUUCAAGAAAAUUGAUCAACACCUUACGACCAAUCAGAAUUCAGCAGUGAUGUGGUGUUACGUUUGAGAAAUGAUGAUAUUCUUGGUUUGAUUUGGAUUUUUUUGGAUGUUCACCUUUAAGAAUUUGAAGUUUGAUAUGUCACUUUUUGUUUUUUUUCUCUCUUGAUUACUGUUUCAACAAUUAUCACUGUACCUUGAAUGGAAAACCUGCAGAACUGAAGAAGAAACCAUCACACUAAAUGUCCCUUGGUUGUACGAAUUGUGGGGUUUUUUAUACACACUGUCUCUGACUCAUUCCUGUAGUUCUUACUCCUCCUUCUUUUCUUUUUAAACAGUUCAGGCAGAAAGGACACUCUGAUCCACGCCAAUACAAAAACAAUGACCGGGUGUCUAUACUCUGUUCUAUAUAAUGUAUAUAUGUAGUUAUAUGUAUAUUUCAUCCUGAUUUCCUGAAUGUCUGUUCUCUACACUAUUAAAGAAAAAUGCAAGAAAAGAAA